CCGCGUACGUACAGACGGGCGGGCGCUGCGAGAUACGACGCGGGGGCACAUGUGUCUAUUGAUAAGCACCACUCCUUAUUUCUUGUCUGCUUCUUCUCAGGCGUCCUUGUCCAACCAACCCCCGUCUCGCGUACACUCAUGUUCAACACCAACUCAGAUACAUCGGAGAAGCAUUCCGUCAGCACUGCUGAUAUGAAGGAUGUAGAGAAUUUCGUCGAGCCCGUUUUACAGCUCGACGACCACGUUCCCCGAACUCGCUUCGGGGCGCUUUGGGCUAUCGUCGAGAAGCUCGACAAGUAUGGUGUCGAAGCGCAGGGCAUCGAGCGCAUUCCCCCGGAUCAGCGGCCCCAGAAAUCGGUUUUGGCACCGUUCUGGUUGUGGUUCGCUGCGAACAUGACCACAUCAACGUUCUCGAUCGGAUGUCUGGGACAGUCUAUAUUUUCCCUAGGGCUCCGGGAUGCAGCUUUGACCAUUAUAUUUUUUAACUUGCUAUGUAACAUCCCCGUCGCCUAUUUCUCGACAUGGGGUCCAAAACUUGGCCUGAGGCAAUUGACUUUGUCGAGGUUCUCGUUCGGAUACUGGACGUCACUGAUACCCAUCGUUUUAAACUGCAUAGCCUGUGUCGGCUGGUCUGUUGUUAACUCUAUCGUUGGGGCUCAAACAUUGCGAGCAGUCAGCACCUCGCACCAGAUUCCAACUGCUGCGGCCAUCAUCGUCAUCGCUAUAGGCACCAUAGCUGUCUGUUUCAUGGGAUAUCGCGUGGUACAUCUGUAUGAGCAAUAUUCUUGGAUACCCGUAGUGGUCAUCUUCAUCAUCUAUCUCGGCCAGAUUGCUCGUUUCUGUGACAGCGGACCAUGGGGCGGCACCGGCCCGACCGAAGCUGCAAACGUUCUCUCUUUCGGCGCUGCAGUUGCGGGUUUCUCUCUCGGAUGGGCCUCACUUGCCGCCGAUUAUACCGUCCGCAUGCCUGAAAAUAUAUCCUCAUACAAAGUCUUCUUCUGGACGUACCUCGGUCUCAACAUCCCCCUUAUCUUGGUCGAGACCCUUGGCGCCGCUGCGAUGACCACCUUCGGCGCCAAAUCCACAUGGGAGGACGCAUAUAACGAGAACUCCGUCGGAGGGCUGAUCGGCGCAGGCUUGACGGGGCCCAUGCACGGGUUCGGCAGCUUCCUGCUUGUAGUCAUCUCGCUCUCGAUCAUCUCGAUCAACAUCCCGAACAUCUACUCGCUCGCGCUCACGUUCCAGAACAUCCAUCCAUAUGCGCAGGCGAUUCCGCGUGUCUUCAUCGUGCUCAUUGGGAGCGCAGUCUACAUUGUGCUCGCAAUCGUCGGCGCGUCCCACUUCGAGAACUGGCUCGACACGCUGCUCACCAUCCUCUCGUACUGGCUCGCCAUCUUCAGCACGAUCCUUAUCGAGGAGCACCUUAUCUUCCGCAAGGGCCGCUGGUCCAAUUAUGAGCCGGAUGAUUAUAAUAACUUUAGAAAGCUCCCGUUGGGCAUUGCAUCGUUCAUCGCAUUGGGUUGCGGAGUCGGUGGCGCUGUUCUCGGUAUGGCGCAGACGUGGUAUAUCGGCCGGAUUUCACGACAUAUCGGCGACCCAUUGUAUGGUGGCGAUAUCGGCUUCGAACUUAGUUUCGCAUUCACCGCCGUCGUGUUCCCUCCAUUACGAUAUUUUGAGAAGAAGUACUGGGGUUACUGAAGAGUUAAACACCGAGAUAUAUAUAGAAUGAAAUCCUCUGUGCUUGACGUGUAGUCCUGACAACAUAGUAUGCCUCUUUACG